AUGAUGAAUCAAAAUGAGAAUCCUUUGUCAAAAAAUAAAUCAAAUCCAAAUAUUAUUACAGCUCCUCGCAUUGCAGAAAUCAAUACCCAUAUAGAAAACUCAAAUAAAAUUGAUGAAAAUCUAGAAAAUGAUAUACCUAAUGGCUUAAGUAGAGAGAGUACUGAUCCUAAUGAUCCAUAUACCCGAUCAAGGUUUUAUUCAAUUUCUUCAGAUAUUAUUCCUCAAACACUUACACAUCCAAUUGAUGAUAAAAAGCUAACCUCUAAAUUUUCUAAAUCUCCAUUAAACAGAGUACCUUCGUGGUCUCAUGUUGGUUUUCAAUCAAUCCUUCCACAAAGUAAUAAUAAUACAAAUAAUGGAAAAGGGGCCAACUCCUCAAAUCAAGUUAUAAAUAAUCCAAUGAAUAGUACUGUAAAAAUUGAACGUAGAACUGUCUCUGCAACUAAUCCAACGUCACAUUUUCAUAACACUGCAGCCAAUCUUCAUAAUUUAAAUGAAAGCCUUGGUAAUCUUUCCAUACCGUUUAGUCAUGAUGGUGCUUAUUUACACUCCUCUCAUGAUUUCCCAUUAGAUCAGGAUGAUGACGAUGAUGACAAUGAUGACGACGAUGAUAACGACCUGGACGGCCUUGAUUUAGAUGAUGAUGAUGAGGAUGAUGUGUUAGGAGAUAGAAACUCUUUCCAAAGCUUACACAACUCGUUAAACUCGGGUAGUGCUAGCAGUAAACGACUUACAAAAAGAAAGUCAUCUAUUUUUAGUAUAUCAAGAGAUAGUUUUGAAAAUAAUAAACUAUUCAAAACGACAACAAAUAAAAGUCAUCAAAAGAUAAAGGGCUCCAAAAAGAAAAGUAGCAGCUCUACUAGCAGUGGAACGUCGAGCAAUAAUACAAAUAGCAUAAAAUUAUCAUCAUUAAAAUCUAAUCCAAUACAGGCCAAUCAUAAGAAUCUAAAAAAUGCUGCUAAAAAAUUAUUUACCAGAAAACCUCACAGAAAUUUGAUUCAUGAUUCCGAUAUUGAGCCGCCAAUUCCAAGUUCUUUAAGUAAGUUUUUACAUUCAUCAUAUGCCAGACAUAAGUCACCUUCACAAUUUAUACAUACAAACGCCACUAAUGGCGGUGGAUUAAUCGAUUCAGGAAAGUCUGUUUACUCUCUGAAUCCUUCAAUUGGAAAUAAGGGUAUUGAUUCACGCUUGAAUGAGGAACAAGGAGAAUCACUAAUGAACGCAAACGUAUUAAUGUUACAUGAGCUACUGAAAAAUUUACCGUCUCUGGAGGCAAAUUAUAAACACUUUGAUAUAGAUGAAUUGCAUGUACUUGCCGGCAACGUUUGGGGCAUAUAUUGUAAUAUCACUGUUGAGUUAUUUAAGAAUCGAAGAAUAUGGCAAUUAAGUGCUAAAAUUGAAGAUAUUAGCAGAGUAUUUGAAUUUUACACAUUUUUAAAGACUGAAUCUAAAAUAUCGGUACCGUAUAAAUCAUUUCUAGCAGAGAUUGAAGAAUUUAUUAACACAUCAUUAUAUAUUUUAGAAAACCAAAUUGUUUUCAAUUAUAACGAUGAAGAUACAAUGAAUACUGCAUUGAAGAGAUUAGGCGUUAUAUGGCAAUUAUUUUACCAACAAGUUUAUUAUGAUGUUAUGUCAAUCCUACUACCGUUAGAAAGAAGUUUCCGAAAGAAUAAAAGUUAUUGGUCAAUGAAUAAUCCUAACGAAGCUAUAUUUAAUAAGCUAUUGUCUGUAGAUUAUUUGUUACUAAGAUGCUUUCGAAAUUCAAUUGUAUUGCCAUAUUAUCAAAAUUUUAUUAAUAGUAAUGAUGGGGCAAGUAAAAGUUUUCAAACUUAUAUAUUUAGGGAGGAAGAGGAGAAUGGCGUUACUGAUCAAGAUAAAUUGACCUUGCUACAAUGUUUCGGUAUAUUAAGCACUAUUAAAGGAAAUGAUAGAAAUCAGCAAAUUAUUGAAGAAUUGUUGGAAGGUAUUAGAAUGAGUAUAUAA